AUGGAGGACAUGGCGUCGUCGAUGGCAUCAGAUGGAGAUGAUGACAAAGCAGGGAGGCUGAGAACCAGGCUGGAGAAGGGAUCAAUACUCCCAUCACCCUUGCCGAGUUUGAAGGCACCCGCCGGGGGAAUGGCUGAAACUCAGUAUGUUGAUAGUGGCACUCAGUAUGUUGAUAGUGGCACUCAGUAUGUUGAUAGUGGCACUCAGUAUGUUGAUAGUGGCACUCAGUAUGUUGAUAGUGGCACUCAGUAUGUUGAUAGUGGCACUCAGUAUGUUGAUAGUGGCACUCAGCUGAAACUCAGUAUGUUGAUAGUGGCACUUCAGGCUGAAACUCAGUAUGUUGAUAGUGGCACUCAGUAUGUUGAUAGUGGCACUCAGUAUGUUGAUAGUGGCACUCAGUAUGUUGAUAGUGGCACUUCAGGGCAUGACGGAAGUGCCCAAGUUGAUGAAGAACCAAAAGCUCCAAGGAAAACACCAAGUAAAGCAAAGCAACCCAAAGAAACACCCACACCACGAGCUAAGCUUGGAGCUAAGGCUCAGCGAUUCUUGAAGAAGGGUCAAGCGGUAGACGACCAGGUGUUGGUAGACAUCCUUGUUGAGGCCAUUAGGAGAGUUCCUGAGGGCACAGGCUGGGUGAUAGACGGCUUCCCCAUGAACUACAACCAGGCCAAGAUGCUGGAGAAGGCACUCAGUGGGUAUGACGCAGCUGCCAAGGAGGCUAAGGGACCGGCCCCUGGGAGACCCAAGAAGUCCAACUUGGCCCCAGACCCCCGGCCCCCUCCUGUACCAGCUGACCCUGCCAGCGGCAUAGACGUUGUCAUCAUGUUUGAUGUCACUGAUGAACUGUGCUUGAAGAGAGCAGUGGGUAGAACUAAAGCGGUACAGUCAGACAAGCAUUACCAGCAGGAGUUCAACCCGCCCCCAGAGGGCAGUGCCACAGGUGUGGGGCGCCAGGAGAGGGUCAUACCUGUGGAGGAUCCAGCACACGACCAGGAGCAGAUACAACACAGGAUCACGGGUUUCCUGGAGAGCUGGCCGAAGCUGGAGAAGUGGUUCAUGAAGUUUGGUACCCUGCACAAGGUGGAUGCCUCACUGGCCUCCAGAACUGUCCAACUGGAGGUGGAGAAAAUACUGGAGGACACCCUCAACAAGCUGCAAGGCAAGGAUGUGGAGAGUUCUGAGCAGCCUGUGGAGCCCCCACACACAGUGGAGGAGAAAAAGGAGGAGGCCCCUGCCCCUCCACCAGAGCCACCUAAAGACCCGGCCCCAGAGGAGAAGUCUAGCAGACCGACCUCUAGAAAAGGGUCAGGCAAGAAAGGUUCGCGUUCCUCUUCACGCAGUAAGUCACCAAAGGAUAAGGACAAGGACAAGAAAAGGGACAAGAGCGGGUCACCCAAGCGAGGGGCCAGUCCCAAGAAGUCUGAUUCUGGCAGUGCCAAGAAGAGCAGAGGAUCCUCUCCAAAGUCUAAGAAGGGCUCAGGUAAGAAGGGCAAGAGCCCGGAGCCUGAGCCCGAGCCCGUGGAAGCUGUACCCACGGGGCCACCGCCCCCUGAGCCGGGAUCUGAGGAGUGGGAGUUUGUGGACCAGGAAAUUGAAGGGGACCUGGCCAAGAUCCUUGCUGAGCACUGGGAGGCCGUGGAGAAGGUGUACGUCCAGAACAGCAAGUUUGUCUUCCGUAAGGUGCGAGAUGAACGGGAGAACAUCUACAGAUACUUCUUCAGGAUCAGGAAGGAUUACCUGGCCUUCCUGCGCCGCCCUGAUCACAAGCAAGAAUUUGUGUCACAAUUUCAAAAGGAGUACAACGAGGUCCCAGACGACAUGCGUGAUGACGAGGAGACCAAAAUGGAGCUACACCAGCGCGUGGACGACCUGCGUGAGAGACUCUGGAACAUCUGUGACGAGCGUAAGGAGCAGGCAGAGAAAGAGCGGGAAACCGUGAUGACGGACGGCUGGCUGGACGACAGGCUGGGGGUCCUCAGUAACUUUUACAUCACCCUUAUGCAGACUGAAGUGGACAGAUUCCAGGACACGGUGCGCAUGUUGAAGGAUUACUAUCGGGGCAUGGAAGGGGUCAUUCCAGAUGAGCUAAAUGUCAACUACAUACGGCUGCCAUUGGUUGAGUUGCCCAUAGAACGCCCAGAGUCUGCGGGCCAGCCCGCCACCAAUGGAGCCCAGACCCCCACGCAGGACGACCGCCCGGGGACCGGCAAGUCUGACCGCCCGCGCUCCAAGUCUCCCCGCUCUCCCAAAGGAGGCCGGAGCAAGUCUCCAAGGGAGAAGUCUCCCAAGGGAGGUAAAUCAAGGUCCAGGACGCCGUCUGCAAAGAAGAGGGACAAGAGCAAGGAGAAAGAGAAGCCAGCUGAGAUCACCACUUUGCCAACACCACCCGGCAAGAGGAUUCCUCUGGUGCCAAGACGCCCCACGUCUGCCGAUGUGGAGGCAAAGGCAAAGGAGGCAGCGAAGGCAAAGGAUAAGAAGAAGAAGGAAGAAGGUACUGAGAGUCCUGUGCCUCCCUCAGACCCUGAUGAGAAACUCAUCUUUGAUGCCUUCCAGAUGGGCGUGUCCAACCUCAGCACUAUUAUGUCCCAGGAAGAGGCAGCCAGGGAGGCAGCUGAGGAGGCAGAGAGACAGAAGGAGGCUGAGCGCCAGAAGGAGCUCAUAGCUGCGCAGGCUGCCGCCAAGACCAAGCCUAAGGCAGCUGCCAAGGGCAAGAAGAGCCGGAGCCCCUCGCCCAAGAAGGGAGGCAAGAAGGAGGAAGGGGCUGUAACUCCUGCACAGGUUCCUGCACCAAUACCAAUCUCUGAGCCAAUCAGUGAAGAGGACAAGCAUCGUAACAGCAUACGUGACCGCAUGAAGCAGGAGUACUUCUUCGCCAUCCACGAGGAAGAGAAGGCGUGUAAGGCUCGCAUGGAGCUUGUCAAGGUCACUGCAAUGGCAGUGCUGCAGGAUCUCAAACACAAGGCAGACAAUGCCUUCAAGGACAUGAACGACUGGCUUGGGGCUCGAUACCUCAAAGAGAUGGAGAGCAUUGACCACAUGUCUGAGAUUGUGCGCCAUGCGAUCGAGAACAAGAUGAGGAUCAAGCAGCAACUCAUGCUCAAACAGCAGGACUUCCUCCUGAAUGAGGACCUGGCUGUGUUCAAGACCCCGUCCCCGCCCCCUGCUGAGAAGGAGGAGGAGACACCCAUGAUAGACAUGUUCACUGGGGCACAGCUCAGGAAUCUCUACGGACAGUUUGCCACAACAGCCCCCACAGGUGUGAUGUCCAUCAAAUCGUUUUGUGAGACGUUUGAGAACAUGGUGUCAGUCACCCACGGCAUGGAACAACUGCCUGACGUCUGGCUUAACAUCACUCCACAGCAGAUCCAGGAUAUAGCAGCAGGUUGCUCCUCAGACUCGGAGUACGUUGAUUGGCGAAGGUUCCUGAUGGCACUGGCACAACCGAUCCCUGCGCCUACCCAGUCCAUUCUACUAGAGACCCUGGCGCGAUACCAAAACAUGGACCAGAAGUCCACUGGCUUUGUCACCGGGGAACAGUAUGACAGGAUGAACAUGUGGUUCGCCACUGAAGAUAAGUCCGACGAGGUUUUUGAACGCCCAACCAUGCUGAAGGCCUUCCUCUUUGAAAUCUUUGCAAACCACAACAGAGUGCCUGCAGUGAUGGACUACAUUGGAAUGCUGCUGUACUUUAGUGCGUCCUCCAGCGCCCAUGAAGGCUUCCUGCGGGCUCUCAGUGUGGCAUCCGGUGUACACAUGCCCCGCAUCAUGAAGCCUGCACCUAGAGCUGAGAGAACCAUCCAUAGCCCGGACAUCCCAGAUGACCCAGAGGAGUUGUCCCCCCUUCCCCCACCAGAUGACAUCCCUGCAGACGCGGUUGAUUCGGUGGUGCCCCUGGAUGCGCUGUACCGAGUCCUGCACCACGGGGAGACACCCAAGGGCGACAGUCACCGCUACUCUGUCACUGCAGACCCAGAGGAUGCAACAUCCAGGGAGAGACUGGCUGGUGUCUACCAGGAGCUGGGCUAUGAGUCCUCGGACCCCGUACCCUUCAAAGUGCUCAUUGAACAUCCCCUGAUCCAGGACGUCAUCAACGCUAGCAAGACAUUCAAGGCUCUUGACUUGAGGACAAUCCUUGCAGCAACAGAUAACAUGGAUGUGACCAGCACAAAAACUGUCGAAUAACAAGCCCAUCUCGUCUACCUUAUAUAAUAAUCUUAGUGAAAAAUUAUGGGAUAAAACAAUGUGUGUAUUUAUCAAAGAGGUGACAUGGCUACAUUUUCCAUUUAAAAAAAUUGCUUUUAAUCAUAAAUAUAAGUGUGCUGUACAUUUAACUUAUGACAAUCAUUUGAAUUUUGAAUAAUUUUAAAUAACAUAUCCAAUUUGCAAUGUUUAAUUUGCAAUAUUGACGGCAUAAUAGUGUACCAUUAGUUCUUAAGAAGCCAGUGUUGAUGUUGUCACUAUCCAAUAAUAAUUUAAACAGUGACUGUGCUUUUUAUGAACAGUAAUUCAAAUGUAAAAUCUUGUAAACCAAAUAAAUAUUUUCAAGGAAAACUGCAUCUCAGUUUUAUAUAAUUACAUUUUUUGUUAACACAUGAAUUAAAGCUAUCAAGAAUAAAUGAUAUGUAUGCAAUAUGAACUAACCUCUGUAUGUAUGUGUAUAUUAGGGCAAUUAAAAAAGUCUAACAUACCAUUUGGUGUUUACAUAUAUUUUUGUAGUUUCUGUAUUAAAUAAAAGUGUAGAUGUUUUAAAUGCACAAGAUGUAAUACAUGGAAAGGCAUGCACUUUCGAGUCUCCAUUUAAAAUGUGCAUUAAGCAUACCAGAUGUACUGCAUUUAUUGGAUCGGUGUCUUUUCCUUCUGUUUGGAACUGGAAUGGCACUGGCUCUGUACUCCUGUGUUUGUUUAUUGUUAUCUCACUUGUUCCUUGUGCACACAGAUUAUAUGUGAUUAUAUGUAUUUUGCAUCUGCUGUGAUAUUUUUUACCAUAUAUUUUUUAUUUUAAAUGUAUUGCCUGAUUCAUCAGAUAUAACAAAAAUAAUUAAAUAUAUAUUUUUAAAGAACGCUUGUUUUCUGCAAAAUUAUUUAUUUAAAAAAAAGAGUCAAAUGUCAAUUUAUUUGAAUUGUUAGUAACAAUAUGAGUAUGAUGAAAUAUCUGCCUGUAGUUUGUGAUAAAUAAAUAAAAUCUAAGUACCAUCA